UGAGCUGAACAUUCCCUUCAGGCAACACAUUCUGAACUUUUUUCUUCUAAAUUUUAAAUUUACAUUCCUCAGAAAUGAAAUUCGCUACAGCCUCGCUUCCUUUUCGAGUUUUUUCAAAUCAGUUCCUUAGAAAUUUUGCGAGCCAAAAGACUGGAAAGGCAUUGCUAACAACACCCAAGGUUUCCAUUGGGGAGGGAUCUCUCAACUACUUGCUAGUUUCAAUCUACAUUCAUGGCGAGACAUUGUUUGCAAGGACGAUAGUACGAGCGCACAAGGAUUCACAUAUGGCUCUGUACGACCAAGUUCGAUCCGAUAUGGAGGAAGUUGGACUGUGCAUGAAGCCCUUAGGUGGGGGUAUGCUAAACGUGGAUGGGAAGGCUCGAAAAAUAAAAAUUCACAGCAUGUGCAAGACUUUUGGAGAAGCCGAUCAUUAUAGAACAAAGGAAAUUUUAAAAUCGUCAAAGAAAUAUGAAAAUUAUAAAAUUUCUGUUGGCAAGUGAAUAAUUAUAAAACAUAUAUAACGAG